UAUCAAUCCAACAGCAUUACCUUAUCACAUUUCCACUUCCCGACUACCCUACCGCGCCACAUUUCUCAACAUCUCAACAAGAUGGGGAUCUCUGUUACUUUCGAUCCUUCGACCAUGUAUAAGAAGAAACCAGCAAUGAGAGCGAAAAUUGUCAAGGCGGUUCAAGAUGCGCCUGAAGCCCCAGAUGGAGCUGUUUCGGCGACUGUUGUGAACGGACCACACACAAGCCAGAGCGACUCUAGAGAUCACAUCACCGUUGAUUACUAUGAUGGAAGUGGAAACAGACUCGAGGGGCGCAAGCAUGUCUAUAUGUGAGCCAAGUAUUGCGCUUCCAAGGGCGUGCGUGGACCCUACGACCUGAGAGAUAACGAGAAGUACUGCGGGACCAGGAAAUGGGGAACGGGGAAAAGGGAAACUAGAAUUGGGGUCAUUCUAGUUGAGAGACAAGUACUUUAGCCUCUCUACAAAGAAAAGCCAUUCAACCCGAG